UGAAGCACGCACGCACGAGGAAUCACCAGACGAAAGGCACAACCUCGAAGAAGAAGUUGAAGGACGAGAACAAGAAGAAGAGGCCGAACACCCGUUUGCACGACAAAUACGCGGUGAUCAUGAAUCCGGAGCGCGCGCGAGCGUUCAGAGAGUACCAGGACAUACUGGACGAGAUGAAAACGGCGUUCUUGGAGAAAUGGAAGGUUAACAAAACCGACAACGUCAGCCUGGACGACUUCGAGCAGUUCCGGACGAUCGGGACCGGUGCGUUCGGACGUGUCCUGCUGGUCAAGUACAAACCGACCUCGGUUCAUUACGCGAUGAAGGUCUUGGAUAAAGCUAAAGUCGUGAAGAUGAAGCAGGUGAGCCACACGUACAACGAGAAGAGGAUACUUCAGUGCGUGAGGUUCCCUUUCGUCGUCUACAUGGAGUUCUGCUUCAAGGACAACUCGUACGUGUACAUGGUGUUGCCGUACAUAAACGGGGGCGAGAUGUUCACGCACCUGAGACGCAUGGGGAAGUUCGACGAGUCUCUAUCGCGAUUUUACGCGGCGCAGGUUCUGCUCGCGCUGGAGUACCUGCACCACUGUAGUCUAGUGUAUCGAGACCUGAAGCCAGAGAACAUUUUGAUACACAGUACUGGUUACAUUCGAAUGACCGAUUUCGGAUUCUGCAAGAUGAUCGACGGAAGAACCUGGACACUGUGCGGCACGCCGGAAUACCUCGCGCCGGAAGUGAUCCUCUCUAAAGGCUACGGGAAGUCGGUCGACUGGUGGAGCUUCGGCGUCCUCAUCUACGAGAUGAACGCCGGCUACCCGCCGUUCUAUUCCGGCGAUCCGAUGAAGAUUUACGAGAAAAUCGUGUCGGGGAAAUACAAGUUCGCUCAUCACUUUGGAGAGGAGCUGCGGGACAUCUUGAAGAACAUACUGCAGGUGGACCUGACCAGACGGUACGGGAACCUGAAGAACGGCACCCUGGACAUCAAGGCUCACAGGUGGUUCCAGUCGACGGACUGGGACCUGAUUUACCAUCAGAAGAUUCAACCGAGUUUCAUCCCGAAGUGUCCGUCGCCGGAGGAUACCAGCAAUUUCGAUGAAUACACGGAGGAACCUCUAACCGUUGAUACCGUUGAUCGCUUCGCUAAAGACUUCGCGAACUUUUAA